UAUUUUUUCAAAAAAAAAAAUUGUUGUUGCUGUUAGCGUCAUGCUAUUUUUAGUGAUGUCAGCAUGUAUUUGUUUAAAUUUGAUGCCGUCUGUGCUGCGUAUGUAAGUGGGUCUACAUAACGUAGUCGGUUGAUGAUAACACCAGUGAGUUAGCGAGCGAGUGUUAUUAACUAAUUUGCACACACACCUACCUAACAGCCAAUCAUUGAACUUUGCCCCCCCCAUUCCGUCCAAACAAUCAGCUAUAACAGAAACUAAUUUUUGGAAUUUGGGAAAACUCCCGCACUGCAGAUAAAAGUCACGAGACGACGUCACCACAACAACAACGAAAGAUCAAGAAGUUUAUUUAUUAAAAUAUUUACAAGUUUGAAAAAGUGAGCAAUGCCUCGCCGUCUAGAAAACAGUAUUGUUAGUCGUAUUGUGCUUUCGAAUCAACCAAAUGAUCCAUACGACUACAACAACAACAACAAUAACAGCAACAACAGGGAUCAUAACAAUCAUCGAGGAUACAAUAAUAAUAAUAAUAAUGUAGGAUUAUUGGAACAUCAAAUGCCAAUGGAUGUUGAAGUUACUGACAUGGAUGCUACAUCCGAUUGUAGUCGACCUUUGUCAGCGUGUCAAACUGCCUGUGGCUCAUCACCACUGGAAGAGGACCAUGAUGAUCUCAAUGCCAAAGAAGAUGAUAUGACAUUUUGUAUGUCGAAUUAUGCAAAAGAAGCUCUCAAAAUGAUGUUUAUGAUGCGUUCGCACAAUAUGUUGACGGAUGUUAUACUCGAAGUCAAACAUGAAUUGUUUCCAGCUCAUAAAGUUGUGCUCUCCGCUGCAUCGCCAUACUUUAAGGCCAUGUUUACCGGUGGUCUUAAAGAAACCGAAAUGUCACGUGUUCAAUUGCAAGGGGUUUGCCCUACAGCUAUGGGUCGUAUCAUAUAUUUCAUGUAUACUGGUCAUAUACGGGUAACGGAAGUGACUGUCUGCCAACUAUUACCUGCCGCAACCAUGUUCCAAGUGCCAAAUGUGAUAGAUGCCUGUUGUGCCUUUUUGGAGCGUCAAUUGGAUCCAACAAAUGCCAUAGGAAUAGCAAAUUUUGCCGAACAACAUGGCUGUACGGAGCUGCAAAAGAAAGCAAAUCAUUUCAUAGAACGACACUUUACCCAGGUCUGCCAAGAGGAAGAAUUUCUACAGCUAUCUGCCUAUCAACUAAUUGCCCUUAUACGUCGCGACGAACUUAAUGUUCAGGGUGAACGUGAAGUUUACAAUGCCGUUCUGAAAUGGGUUAAAUAUGACGAAGAGAAUCGCUACCCGAAAAUGGAACACAUUCUAUUUUCGGUGCGUUGCCAGUUCCUGACACCGACAUUCCUCCGAGAACAAAUGAAAAACUGUGAUGUGCUACGUAAAGUACCGGCUUGCCGCGAAUAUUUGGCGAAAAUUUUCAAAGACCUGACACUGCACAAACGCCCUGUGGUCAAGGAACGUAAACCGAAUACAACACGUAUGAUAUUUGUUGCCGGUGGCUUUUUCCGCCAAUCUCUGGAUAUACUGGAAGCGUACAAUGUGGAUGACAAAACAUGGACAACACUGCCAAGUUUACGUAUACCUCGUUCGGGUUUGGGUGCAGCAUUUCUAAAGGGCAUUUUCUAUGCGGUGGGUGGUCGAAAUAAUUCCAUAGGUUCGUCAUAUGAUUCGGAUUGGGUUGAUCGCUACAAUGCUCUGACCGAACAAUGGAGACCGUGUGCACCAAUGUCAGUGCCGAGGCAUCGGGUGGGAGUCGCCGUUAUGGAUGAACUUAUGUAUGCUGUUGGCGGUUCAGCUGGUUCCGAAUAUCAUAAUACAGUUGAAUACUAUGAUCCGGAACAAGAUCGUUGGUUUUUGGUACAACCAAUGCAUGCUAAACGUUUGGGCGUUGGUGUUGUGGUUGUAAAUCGUCUGUUGUAUGCAAUCGGCGGAUUCAAUGGUACCGAACGUUUGGCAACGGUGGAAUGCUAUCAUCCGGAGAAUAACGAAUGGAGUUUCGUAAAACCCAUGACAUAUGGCCGCAGUGGUGCUGGUGUUGCGGCCAUACAUCAAUUUAUCUACGUGGUUGGGGGGUUUGAUGGUAACCGACAACUUUCCUCGGUGGAACGUUAUGACACGGAAAAUCAAGUUUGGGAACAAGUAGCUCCAAUUAAAAUUGCACGAAGUGCUCUCUCACUCACAUCAUUAGAUGGUAAACUCUAUGCCAUUGGUGGUUUUGAUGGCUCCAAUUUCCUAUCAAUCGUUGAGGUAUAUGAUCCCAAAACAAAUACAUGGGAACAUGGUACACCAUUAAGUUCGGGCAGAUCGGGUCAUGCAUCGGCUGUGAUUUAUCAACCAUCGUGUGUUACGAAUUUCAUGGAUUGUAUGGAGGAAGAGGGACCGAAACGUGAUUACGGCGGCAAUAGUCCUGAUGAUCCGCGAUCCAAUCAAAAUAUGGGCGACCAAGGAGGUGGACGGCAUGGUGAUGGUCCCACGGGUGGUUCAACAACGGCGGGCGGUUUUCAUACAUCGUUUGGCAGCAGUGGAUGUAAAAAUUGUGAAAGUGGAAUAAGAAUGCCUUCCAAUGAUGAGGACAUACCAUGUACGAGUAGAAAUACACGGCGAAGUUAUGCACAGCCUAUAAUAAACGAAAAUGACAUCGAAUCAGUUGCAAAACCCAUAGCUAUAUCCACUGUUGGCAGAGUGGGCUGUCAAAAUUGUGAAAAAGAAAACGCUUCAACCCCAAUGUAUAGCUUGGCAUCCACAAACGGUACAGCUACAAACGCCUUGGCACCAGUUUCCUUAACCAAACGAGUGCCGCGGAAAAAAUCCCGCAGACGUUGGUGUAAACUUGCCCUGGGAAAAAGAAAAUAUCAACCAAAUGCUGAAAUAAACACAAAAUCACAAUUGUCUUCUACAAAUCAGCCAUUAAUUACAAUUCCGUCCACUGGAGAAACCGAAGAGAGCCUCAACGAACACAGUUGCAAUGAGAGGCGUACAAGCGGUGAAAGUACAGAUAAGCCCCCAACUAAACGAAAAUGUCCCAUAGCUCAGUGCAAGGCACAGUGUGUUGCCCAGGCAAUAAAAAGAUAUGCCCACGGUCGGGCCAUAAUACAUGAUUUUGUACAGUGCUUGCUAGAGAGGAAGGUGUCCGUUGUAUGAUGAUGACAAUAUGCCAAAAUGUACGGGGCAAUGAUUUUUUUCUAAUGAAAAAGUACCCAAGUGUUCCAUACUUAAUGUUUACAUAUAUAUAAACAAGAUGUGAUAUCAGUUUUUCUUCUUCUUGAAAUAAAUAAUAAAAUAGUUGUUAACCAGAGAGAGAGAGUUUUAACUGCUAAAAUGUUUAAAAAAUUAACAUCAAUACCUACUAUUUGCCACACCACUUUCGAAUGUAUCUCAAAAAUUGACAAAUCUUCUUAUUUUAAACAUACAAAGAAAUAUUGUUUUACGAUUUUUAAAUCUUGAUUUAAAUUAAUACCUUAUUGAUAGAACAGCAACGAAAUAAAAUUAGACAAACCUUUAAAAAAAAUAUAAUAUUGCAAUAUAGCAUCUGACGAUUGGAAAGGCAAUUCUAGUUUAAAAGCCGAUUUUUAAGAUUUACGUUAAAAAUUAGUUCAAAGAAUAAAUUUGAAUACCUGAUUGUUUCCUUGCAAACAUAUAUAAAUGUAUAUCAUUCCCUGCAUCCAAAAACACAACACACAAACAUAUUCCAUAGUAAUAAUAUACAAUAGUAAUAUUUGGUAACUAUGAUUUAUAUAAGUUAUACAAUUGUUUUAAACUUAGCAUAGCUAAACAAAAUCCCUAAAAUUACAUUUUUUUACUUAAACAACCAUUUACUCCUUUAAAAUAAAGAAAAUAGAAAGUAUGUUUUUGUUUUAAAUUUAUUCCUUUAUUUUUAUUAUUAAUUGAUAAAACAAAUUCCAUUAGGAAAAACCAAAAAUGCAUUCUUCAAGAACACUAUUUACAAACUUCUCUGCUUGCGGGGUCGUGGUGGAUUCCAUGAAACGGGAGUGUUAUCGGUUAUUGAUACAAUGUUAAGUCCACUCAUCUGUAGCCCUUUAAUGGCAGACUGAAAUGAAAACAAUAAAAAUAAAAUGAAAAUUUUAAAAUGUUG